AUGAAGAGAGGCAAGCGAUGCUUCAUCCAGAGCUGCCUGGCUCCGGCGCCGUUCGCGAGUCCUUUGCAACCGGACGUGCACGCGUGUGAAGUCCAUAAGAAGAGGGACUUUGUCAACAUGAGGAACAAGCGCUGCCUCGAGCCAGGAUGCUACCGCAACCCGCACUACGGCGUGAGCCGACUCAUCGAUCCGAACAGCAAGGCUCAGUACUGCACCAAGCACAAAGCCCCUGGUAUGCAGAACGUGAAUGGAGGAAGAUGUGCCGGGCCGGACUGCUCGAAGCAGCCACGCUUCUCUCUGCCCGGGGAGAAGGGCAAGUACUGUUCCAAGCACCGAAAGGAGGGCAUGGUCGACGUUCUCUACACGCCCUGUGCUGCCGAAGGUUGCAGGAAGCACCCCCACUUUGGCCACGUGGAGGGUGGCCCGCGCUACUGCGCGCAGCACCGCGCGGAAGGGAUGGUAGACGUCAAGCACAGGCGCUGCGCUGUCAAGAGCUGUCGCAAGGACCGCGUGGUGAUCCCUGGCAGCGCUAAGAAGCGGGGAAAGUUCUGCGAGAUCCAUUGCGAUGUCAACGAACUAGUGGACAAGGAUGUGUCGACCGAUGGGACGGCCAGCGACAAGAAGCGUGGCCGUGCGUGGAUGACGGGGAUGUGA